GUACUUCCCAUCAAGGUGGCUACUCCCAUGAUGCUGUGGUCCAUGCAUUACAAAAAUAUGGCAUUCAUCAUAUUGACACAGCAAAAAGAUAUGGCAGUGAAUUGCUCCUCCAAAAAGCCAUCAAAGAGAGUGGUGUGAAGAGAGAGGACCUCUGGAUAACUACCAAACUGUGGCAUAGUGACUAUGGCUAUGAAACAAAAAAGGCCUGCUUGGAGUCAUGUGAAAGACUUGAUGUUGAAUAUCUUGAUCUUUAUUUAAUAUACUGGCCUGAUGCACAUGUUCUGGGUAAAAGCAGUCGAGAGGUCCAAGAUGAGACCUGGAGAAUGAUGGAGGAGCUCUACAAGAAAUGUUUGUGUAGGUCAGCUGGUGUAAGCAACUUUCUUAUCAGCCAUCGUGAGCAAUUAAAGGAAGACUCUGUGAUUACUCCACAUGUUAAUUGGGUUGAAUACCACCCUUUCCAAAGAUCUCAGGAGCUGGUCAAUUAUUGCAGGAGCAGAGAUAUUGUUUUUGAAGGCUACUGUCCUUUAGCCAAAUGCAAAGCACUCACUGAGCCUAGGAUCAUUCAGCUGGCAAAGAAAUAUGGCAGAACUCCAACACAGAUUUGCAUAUGCUGGAGUAUACAGAAUGGGAUUGUAACUAUUCCGAAGUCCACAAAAACUGAAAGGAUACAGAAAAACUGCAAGGUGUUUGAUUUUAUAGUAGCAGAAGAUGAUGUUGAAAUUUUGAACAGAAUGUAUGAUGUUUCCUGGGACCCAAGCCUUACUGUCUGA